AUGGAGAAAAAUACACCGGCGCCAGAAAAGUCCGCAAGUUUUCCGAGACAACAUUCCAGCAAGAAGCACAUAUUUUCAGGCCCCACCACACCAAGAAAACGCUAUGAAACCAUCGACGAAGAGGAAAUCGACGAGAAAGAAGGUGGCGCCGAUAAUCAGGACCCUGAUGUCCCCGAGAUGAGCCACGAUGAAGUCCUUGAAGAAGUCGAUAGCUUCUUGUUGCUCUUGACCGAAUCAGUCAAAGAAAAUGGGGACCUUCCAGAGGUUCCCGGCUCGGUAGAGACGCUCUCCAAAACCAUCGACUCCAUGAUAAAGCAAUACGGCAAAGGCUUGGCGAGUUUUGGCAAAAACGAGUCCGAAGACUCCAAGUUCGUGGAGGCAGUGAUUCGGAUAUCAAAGAUCUCGAUCACGUUGGGGGAUAUUCCUUCCAACGAGGCAACGGCAGAGACGUUGAACCGGAGCAGUGCUGUUCUGCAACGAGCCAUGGCCUUAUUGGACGAAGAAUUUCGCAACCUUCUGAAUCAAGAUGAGAAUAAUAAUAACAAUAGACCAGACUCUAACCCUAGCUCUGAGAAGAGAUCGUCUAACAAGUUUGUUGCCAAGCUGGCCUCCUUCAACAAUAACCAUAACGAUUCGGAUCGGAAGCCAGCCGAAGCAACUGAACCGGAUUCAUUAGAAGAGUUCCCUUCAUUUUCACCGGAGAGCAUAGCUACCAUGAGAAUAAUCGCCACCACAAUGAUCGUCUCCGGGUACGAGAACGAGUGCUUAAUGAUCUAUAGCCUGUCGCGGCGAAACGCGUUCAAAUCGGCGCUCAACGAUCUUGGCUACGAGAACAUUAGCAUUGACGAAGUCCAGCGAAUGCAAUGGGAGGCUCUCGAAGGAGAGAUUUCCACGUGGAUCAACGUCGUCAAGACAUGCUCCACCAUUCUCUUCGCCGGUGAGCGGAAGCUCUGUGAGAACGUCUUCGCCGACCACCCCUCCAUAGCUGACAAUUUGUUCUGCAAUCUGGCUGGCGCUGUCGUCGUCCAGCUCUUUAAUUUCGCCGACGCCGUUGUAUUGACGAAGCGGUCGGCCGAGAAGCUGUUCAAGAUAUUGGACAUGUAUGAGUGCCUCAGAGAUCUCGUUCCAGCUAUUAAUGCCUUCCAUUCAGCGGAAUUUACAAAUGACCUGGUCUCGGAGGCCGAGGCGGCGAAGAACCGUCUCGGUGAAGCAGCGGUGAGCAUAUUCUGUGAUCUAGAGAAUUCUAUCAAGUCCGAUAACGGAAAAACACCGGUGCCUAGUGGCGCGGUUCAUCCCUUGACACGUUACGUCAUGAAUUAUCUAAAAUACGCCUGCGAGUACAAGGACUCACUGGAAGAGGUGUUUCAGCAAAACCAAGACCAACAAGGCGGCAGUAACACACCCGGAACAACGUCGUCCUGGUCGCCGUUUCAGUUGCAGUUAAUUACCGUUAUGGACAUGUUGGACUCCAAUUUGGACAUGAAGUCCAAGCUGUACAGGGACUCGUCGUUACGGUACAUUUUCUUGAUGAAUAAUGGGAGGUACAUCAUGCAAAAAGUGAAGGGUUCUAGCGAGAUUCACAAAUUGAUGGGCGACACGUGGUGUAGAAAGCGAUCUACGGACUUGAGAGGGUACCAUAAGAAUUACCAGAGAGACACAUGGAGCAAGGUCUUGCAGUGCCUCAACCAUGAGGGUUUGCAAGUGAACGGAAAGGUGUCGAAGCCAGUGCUGAAGGAGAGGUUCAAAAGCUUCAAUUCACUGUUUGAUGAGAUACACAAGACGCAGAGCACCUGGGUAGUGAGCGACGAGCAGCUCCAGUCGGAGCUUAGGGUUUCGGUGUCAGCGGUGAUGAUUCCGGCCUACAGGUCUUUCUGGGGGAGGUUUAAGCAAUACUUGGAUUCCGGGAGGCAAACAGAAAAGUACAUAAGGUACCAGCCGGAAGAUAUUGAGGAUAUGAUUGAUGACUUGUUUGACGGGAACCCUAUUUCUAUGGUCAGAAGGAGGUGA